GGACGUAGCAGCCAUCUUCGUUGGCCAAUAUCAUGUCACGAAAGCGGCUGCGUUCUCCCCGUAUACGAGCAGAUCACGUUUAAAAUGUACCAUGCCGGUUUUGGGGGCAUUUGAUGAACUAACUAUAAAAAUCUCAAGAUAUUAGUAAACGAUAGCAAGGCAGAAAUGAUAACAUUAGAUAAGUGGAAGAACCUACGCCUUUUCUCUUGUUUAAAUGUAUUCGGUAGACAGUAUUUUUACUACGUGCUAUUUGCUUGUGAAUAAAGAAUGCAAGACGAGAGGCAACAGAAGACGUAAUGAGACACGACUAAAUGCGUUUACGUGUCAACUACGUAUAGCUGAAAUAGCCUACAAUGUUCUUUACAAACGUAUCUCCUACAACACGUACAAAACUGAGUAUUAUUAUUUUAAAUUCCUUAAAUUAUACUUCAUUUUUGUUUUGUUUGUUAUUUAAAGUCGUUAUCCAGAAAUUAUUCGCUUCCUGUGCUUAUUUGAUUGUUCCCUACAAAAAAAUUAAUAAAUAUAUAAAACAAAAUAAAAAAUAGGCCGCUAAAUACAUAUACGCACAGUCAAUGACGUUGUGUUACACUAAUUAGAAGUUAAGUUGCGAUCUGUAUCUGACGAAUAACCUUUGAUUUAAAACUGAUAAGUCACUGUGUGUCUUUAUUCUCGAUGAUUCUGAGACCUUUAGAAUUUGACGAUAUACCUUUGAACAAAGUGCGUCGUUCGCAGUCAUUCCUGAGUUGUCAGUGGUCCUUGACAGGGCUAAUCAAUUUUAUGUUGUUGUUUUGUGCCGAUAAAGUGUUGGCAAUUGUGGUGGUGCGCAGCCGUAGACAGCAGUGUCAUUCAUAACAUUCCUGUUUGUUGUGGCAUUAGAGACUCCAAUUUCCGUAUUUUGUUGCGUAAAACUACGAACCCUAAAAGUUUUACGUGUUUUAAAAUUUUGUCAAAAUGACUUCGGUAAUUACCAUUCCCAGUAAAUUACCGCUGCUUGUUACUAAUGAUGAAGUGCUGCUGCCGGGAUCAUCGAAAAAAUUUACCAUAACUGACCCGAGCAACAUUGAAAUGAUCAGGAGCAGGAUAAUGUCCCGAAGCAGCCUAGCCAGCUUAAUUCUUGGUGUUCUGCCCAAGGAAUUGGCUGCAGAUUUGCAGGGGUCCGUUCCAUUGCAUCCAGUUGGCACGGCAGCUCUUGUUGUUCAAGUGGUUGGCACUAGCUGGAGACAUUCUGCUAGUUUUACUCUUCUGCUUUAUGGAAUAUGUCGUUUUAGGCUGGAGAAGCUUGUAAUGGAAGUGCCAUACCCUGUUGGUGUAGUUUCACAGCUGGAUAAGUUGGUGGUUCAUGAUGAUGAUGAUGACAGCCCAGAGGUAAAUGCCAUGCUGGAAAAUCUUCGUGAGCUGGCAACAAAACUAACAGACUUCCUUAACGUUCCACCAGAAGUAGCUGCACAGUUGAAGGAUAAAUUGUCGUCCUUGCCAAGCCACACAUUGGUUGAUUUAUGUGCAUCAGUUGUGGAUGCUUCUUUCCCAGAGAAACUAAAAGUUUUAGAUGCUGUGAACUUAGCUGAUCGUUUGAAGAUUACUUUACCACUGCUAAUUAGACAUACUAAAGAACUGGAACUGACACGAAGUCCUCGCACGAAAACCAGUAUACUUCCAAUUAAUAAUGGAAAUACUCGGCGUGGGAUGAGGAUAGUUCUCCCAAGAGGAAGAGCUGGAAUGAAUGGAAUCAGCAGAAAUGAUAUUGAUAAUGAUGAUGAAGAUGAGAUACAAGAACUGUAUAGGAAAUUAGAUGAAGCUAAUCUUCCUCAACAUGCUCGCAAGGUUGCAGUCAAGGAAUUACAACGGCUUAGUAAAAUGUCACCCAUGAGCCCCGAGACUGGAAUAAUAAUGCGCUAUGUUGAACUGAUGGUUGAUCUCCCAUGGUCUAAGUCUUCUGUAGAGACGUUAGAUUUGAAUAAAGCUAGACAGGAUUUGGAUGCUGACCAUUAUGGACUCGCAAGACUGAAGCGUCGUGUCCUGGAGCACUUGGCAGUCCGGCAGUUGAGAGAUGGACUGCGGGGACCAUUGCUGUGUUUUGUUGGACCCCCAGGGGUUGGGAAAACCAGUGUUGGCAGAUCCAUUGCACAUUCCCUUGGACGCAGUUUUCAUCGGAUUUCAUUGGGUGGUGUGAGCAACCAGUCUGAUAUCAGAGGACACAGGCGCACAUAUAUUGGGGCAAUGCCAGGACGUAUCAUACAAGGCCUUAAAAAUGUUGGAGUGAAUAAUCCAGUUUUUCUGUUGGAUGAAGUAGACAAGCUGGGAACAAGUGCUGUAAAUGGAGACCCAGCAGCUGCCUUACUGGAGGUGCUUGAUCCUGAGCAGAACUGUACAUUUGUUGAUCAUUACUUAAAUGUUCCGUUUGAUUUAUCAAAAGUGAUGUUCAUUGCAACAGCCAACACCACGAAAACAAUACCUCCAGCAUUACUCGACCGUAUGGAGGUGAUACACAUACCAGGCUACACACAGGAAGAGAAACUUCAUAUUGCUACAAGGCACCUUUUCCCAAAACAGUUGGAACUCCAUGGACUGACAAAAGAACAUUUGCAAAUUCCAGAUGAAAGCUUCAAGUUCAUGAUUUCUGACUACACACGUGAAGCAGGUGUAAGGACACUGGAACGGAAGAUAGGUGCCCUGUGCCGAGCUGUUGCAGUGAUGGUUGUUGAAUCAAAAAAUUCAACGAAGCCACUGAAAUUACCUGUUGUUUUGACUGAGGCAUCAGUGGAAGAAAUUUUGGGACCAGCAGUGUACAGUGGUCCUGAGCUGUGGUCCAGGCUCGGACAGGCUGGAGUUGCCCUGGGCCUGGCAUGGACAGAGGCUGGUGGGGAGCUGCUGCUGGUGGAGGCCAGCCAGAUGGCCGGCUCUGGAGACCUAAUGCUCACGGGGCAGCUGGGCAGCGUCAUGCGUGAGUCGGCACAGCUCGCUCUCAACUGGGUGCGUGGUGCGGCCAAGCAGUAUGGAUUAAAGCUUGAUGGAGAGACAUUAUCACAUUUGGACAUCCACAUCCAUUUCCCUGCUGGAGCAGUUGGAAAAGAUGGACCAUCAGCAGGUGUGACUAUAGCAACUGCGUUAAUUUCACUGUUUUCGAACAAACCAACGGCCACUGACAUUGCCAUGACGGGCGAGAUUACUCUUAGGGGUGUUGUUCUUCCAGUGGGUGGUGUCAAAGAUAAAGUGUUGGCUGCCCAUCGUGCAGGUGUCAAGAGGGUAAUUCUGCCCAAGAAGUGUGAAAAAGAUUUACAUGAAGUACCUGAAAAUGUGAAGAAGGACCUGACAUUUGUGUUUGUUAACCAUAUGGAUGAAGUUCUUCAAGCAGCCUUUGAUGGUGGCUUUCCCCCAGGCUCAUUGAAGAUGGAGGUUCCCAUGUUAAGUAAACUUUGAAAAAAUAUGUUGUUAAGUGAAUUAUACAUUCCUGGUAUUGGUUUUCAUUUGCAGUGAACUGCAAAAAAAAAAGAAAGUCAUUUUUGUUUUCAAUACUGUAGAAAGUAAUGCCCAUGGUUACAUGAAAAUGUACUGAAGUUGCUUUCAAACGAUGGAGUGAUAUGUUUCAUUUUGCUGCUGUGAUGUGUACAGUUGUUAGAUAUUUUUUAAGAAAUUGUGAUAUUAAAUUACAUGUUAAAUUUAUUUUUCUACUGUUUUAUAAAUGUAUAUUGUACAGUAAUAAAGUUAAGUGUACACGAAACUGUCAUAUUUGACACAGUGUCAAGCAUUCUGAGAAACAGAUUAUUUUGUUACAUAACUAAAUGCUGGGUAAUGAAUUUGGUGAAAAUGAUAGUAAAUGUGUCUUUUUUCUUAAGAAUUAAAAACAGUUGCACUUUGUGGCAUCCACUUUAUGUACUGAGGUUUUUUAAAAAUAAAAUUAAAUAAUUAAAUGUUGUUAUAA